ACGUACGUAGAGAGCAAUGAUGGCAGCCACAUCAGCUGGUCAGUAGGGAUCCACAAUCAGAUGGGUAGUUAGCGCAGCCACAGUACUCGCGCACCUUUCGCAAUCACCUCACUCACUCAGUCAGUCAGUCAGUCAGUCAGUCCGUUGCUUAUCACGUCCGUUAGUUUGUGUAUCCAUUUUUCCGACAUUAACCUACCGAGCCGAGAGGAGUCGACGGCGAUCGGCCGAGAUGCAAUAGCAUGUGAUCGUCUGAUACGUGCGUGUGUGUGUCCGAGAGGCGGUGUAUUAGUAAAGUGCAUUUGGUGGAAAAUCAAAGAUCCGAUUUUGCGUCGAGUUCGAACAGAACAGAACAGUAGAGAAGAAUGUUUGAAAAACGAUUUAAACGCCCGAGUGUAGCGAACGGCGAUGGGUUAAUAUUGUACUGCAAUCAGUACAGUUACUACUGCCACAAGGUUCUACAGGCUCUGCACGAGAAAGGGAUACGGUUCACCAAGUACGAAAUCGAUGUGACGAACGAUGAGCACUUUUCCGAGUGGUUUCUGGAGCUGAAUCCACGCGCCGAGUUGCCGGUGCUGCAGAAUGGGUUGCUGAUCGUGCCCGGCUCAAUCCGGAUACUAGACUAUCUGGAGGAAAACUAUCCUAAAAAUAAACCGCUCCGGAUGCCGCCCGGUACGGAUAAACUGCUGCUAGGCUUUCGGCAAACGAUCGAAAGCUUACCGAUCGGUGUGAUAACGAUCGGAUCCUUUCUGCACCCGCAGCACGUCGGCAGUCCAAAGUUUCCGUUCGUACUGCCCGUGCGCCAGACGAUCCUCGCACGGGACGAAACGCUCGCCCAACGGCUUCGCACGUACGCCACCGAAUAUCCUGCCUUUGCCGAGGUGCUGCUAAAGAAAGCCGACUUUCACGAACGUAAGCGAAGCAUCAUUGCGAGUGAAGAAUAUUUCUGCAAGCUGCUGGUAGCGUUGGACGAAUUUUUGACCAGUGUCGAACAGUAUCUGGCCACGAUCGACAACCUCGAAGCGUGCUGGCUGCUCGGGUCAGAUACGUUCACGAUGGUCGACAUCGGUCUCGGCACGUUGCUGCACCGGCUGUACGUGCUGGGGCUGGAGGAUCGUUUCUGGGGCACAGACAAAGGCAGGCCCAACGUGGGACGCUACUUCACGAAAGUAUGCGCACGUGAAUCGUUCCAAAGUGUGCUACCGUCGAAGGUGUCCAUUUUGCGCACGGUGUGGAUAAAUACGCCACCGGUGUAUAAGGCGGGACUGGCCGCCGUGUCGUCGGUUUUGAUCAGUUCCACACUGUUGAAGCGAUAAUAAUCUCACGGACACGCAAUAGCGUGAAGCAUUUUCUUUAAUCGAAGCAAUCUGUUACUAAGGUAAAUAUGCUACGGUAACUACGAGCACACUAGGAUUAAACACUUAACAAAACGGUAGAUUCAAGCAUGCAUACCACAGUUCAAACACAUUCCGGCGAGUAGCACCGAACAAGAGUAAAAAGGGAGACGUUCAUCAGUUGUAACAAGUUUCCUGCCUGUAUUUUGGUCGUUCGAAGAAUGAUAACAGAAAUUACAAAACAAUAUAUCAACAGCAAAACACAAUGUUAACGAAAUGAAACGGAAAGUGACACGAAUACAUAACAUACACAUAAAUAAUAACGUAAGGUCUGCCUCGCUAGUAUGUUCCCCUACUGCUACUUAACUAAAACGAACAAACUAGCUAA